AUGAGUCUGGCACUCCCAACGCAAAACGAUCCAUUCACAACACCCCGCACUUCCGUUCACUCGUCUGCUUCUUUAUCUUCAGAAGGUCACCAAGACGUUUCACAUCCUUCGGCCGGUCCAUCGGGCUUUGCACCCCCACCCCUCCCACCUAGACCUAUACCUGCAGGUCGGAGAAAGCCUGUACCAUCGUACCCCAAUAAUGGCUCUCCAGAAGGACCAGUCCCACGGGCACCGGCGCCUGUGCUACCACCGCGAUCUCAACACCAACAAUUCGCAUUGACUCAUGAUGCUCCUACAUAUAGCAAUGAGAACAUAGUGGAUCAUUCCCAAUUACCUCCGCCACCGAUUAAUGAGAAGAAUGGUGCAUAUCCACCUCGGAAGAAGGGACGAUGGUGGUAUCCAGCCACCACCAAAGGGAGAAGAUGGUGGUGGGGGAUUCUUCUUGCAUUGAUAAUCGCGAUUAUCGUUGCCGUUGCGACUGUCGCCGCUGUCCUCUCGAAAAAGCACUCUUUAUCCAGUGAUGACGAUGUGUCUAAUUCGUCAGGAUUAACAGGGUCUUCUGGUACAUCAUCCACCACAAGCGGUGCGAACGAUGGUGGGCAUCCUAUAUCAGCAGCAGCAGGUGGAGUGAAUAUCGGAAAACCUGGUGAUAUCGCGAAAUUUGGCAAGUACUCUACGGAUCACUUUGUUAUGACCACCAAUAGGUCCAUUGCAGUCACCCGUCUCGAUCCCAUUGUCUCUCCUAAUGGUGUCGCUUCCCACUUACAUCGGAUUCACGGCUCUUCUUACUUCACCGCCAAUCUCACUUCCGCUACAGAUAUGCAAAAUUUGGCGAAAUGUACCACUACCGUCGUUCAAGAUGAUAAAUCAGCCUAUUGGGUUGCAGAGCUGUUCUACCAAUGGCCCAACGGUUCCCUAUCUUCUAUUCCCUUGGACCGAACUUCUUUGUACUACUUCCAGAAGGCCCCAACUGGUGUACCAAUUUAUCCAUUCCCCGAUAAUUAUAAUUUGGUGGUUGGAGAUCCUCUACGUCGUAGCGUUAACGAAAGUGAUUACACAUCAAACGCACUUUGGUGGCAGUGUUAUCGAAAUGGCAACGGUGCGGACUCCCGAAACCUAGGAUUCCCUUCAACAGAUUGUGCCGGAGGUCUCGUUUCAGCCAUUCAAUUCCCAAGUUGCUGGGACGGGUUUUACGCCACUGAUGGAGACUACACAAAUCAUGUAGCUUAUCCUACAGAUGGUACAAAUGGGAAUGUGUGUCCCAAAGCGUUCCCCAAAAAGUUCAUCACUCUCCAGUUUGAAACUGUCUUCGCGACGUAUAAGUUCCCCUUCAACGGUGCGGGCAAAGUCACUUGGGUACUGGCCAACGGUGAUACUAGUGGUUAUGGUAUUCACGCCGAUUUCAUGAACGGUUGGAAACCUGAUACUUUACAAGGUGUUUUGGACGACUGCCGAUACAUGAACUCCACAGCCCAAUAUUCAGCCGCCGACGAGCCUGCAAAUUGUCCUCAUCUCAAUAAGACUAUCGACAUGGAUGUCACGUACGGCUGUCGACUACAAACUGAAAUCAUUGACGAGGAUGUAGGCGAGCUGAACCCAAUCCAAUACCUGCCAGGUUGCAACGGUAUCUGGUCGGGUAAUACUACCAAGCCAGCAUGUCCAGGGGAUCAUGUGGAAGGAGGGUAUCUUGAAUUGGCUGAGCCAACCAUCUGGUUCAACAACGAGCCGUAUAUCUCUUAA